AUGUUUGAGGGUAUCAAAGAGUACUACAUUAAAUUUGAUGAGCCAAAAAGGCUCCCUUUGAGUGUACAAAAGAGUUAGUAACACCCAUUUUUUACAAUUUUCUCUUUGGUCGGUGGAUUUGGAGUAAACUUCACAAGUACAAGAAUUGAUCCCGUUUGCCACGUGAGAGUAAGAAAACAUGCUAUUCGAAAAGAGAAUAUUAGAGAUGUCAGCGUGAAUAUGAAGUUUGAGGGUAUCAGAGAUCUCGAACUUCAUCAGCUACUAGGUAGACGGCAAGAUAGUAUGUGCAGGCUUAGUAAAGUUUCUCAAUAAUACAGGAAGUAAGGACACGCAACAAGACUUAUGGGAAUAAUUGUGAAGAGUAUGAAAGCACAGCUCAUCUUAGGUUGGGGUCCUCUUGUGAAAAUGAUAUUUUUGCAUGCUUCUAUAGAAUCCAAGGAAUUUAUCAAGGAUCUAGGGUUCUCGUGUGCUAAUACUGACUUUUAUAAAUAGAAACGCGAUUCGUAUUCAUUGAUGUAAUUAGACAUUAGCAGCAAAAGAGAACCAUAGCUUGAAUGGUUCCAGAAGUUUAAAUUAAUUUACGAUAAAGAGUUUCCUAAAGCAUAAACGCCAACACUGAUUUAAAAUGAAGUAGUGAAGAACGUCGUUUACUAGAUUGAACUGCCAAAAAAGUUCAACCAUGUCAACAAGAAUGCCUAAAGAAAUGAUAGUUCUCAGGAACACAUACUAAGAAAGUCAUUGACUAUCGUAACUGGCUGGCCAAGGCAUGUUAAAAGUCAUACAACUAAAGGUAUGCCUAAAGAUUCAGUCUUCUUUGUAAGUAUUUUACUAAAGCCAGUCACAUAGUCAAAAGAUGCCCAUGACUAGCUAGUCACCUAGCCAAAUGGUACCAAUGACUAGCUAGUUACCUAGUCAAACUAUACAUAUCUUAACUUAUAGUCACCCAAACAGAUAAUAAGCAUGGUAAACAUAAAGUAUAAACUUUUUCCAUGUGUAUAGAAGAGAAGAGAAUUGAUCUCUUUGUCAAGGGUGUGA